AUGGGUGACGAGGAGCCUCAGGAAGAGGCUGACUCCAGUCUGUCGUGGCAAGACUUACCUGAGUGUGUCAAGAAGGCUCUUGAUCAGGAGUCGCGACAGCCUUCUCCCGAGAUUUUGUCGAAUUUGUUUUCAGAUGAUUCAGACAUCAAAGAUUUUGUGGAAUCACUGGGACUUACAAUGGGCUCAGCUGAAUGGUUCAGUGCAUGCGAGAUUCUUGAAAAGGUUUGCGCUGAUGUAUCACCGGCUGCAGAUCGUGUCGUGAGGACUAGAGCUGUGCAAGGUCAGCUGGCGCAAACGUCCUCAUCGAUUUCGGCUGGGCCUCAGCAGCAGCUUGAAGUAAGCACUGGAUGGCUUCAGACAAGGGCCGGUGCAAAGCGGUCACUUACAGCGUGGCCGUGUCGGUUGGCCAAGAAACUUGCCUUGGCCAAGCACGAUCGUGCGAGGGCCGAUGCUGAAGCUACAGAGCUCCGACGCUGGAGGCAGGCUUUAGCGAAGGAGCUGAAAAGGGCUGGUAUGCCGGUGUGCUCAAUGGCAAGUUACGCCCUUGAUAGCCAAGCUGUACUGGAGGCGUCACGUGAGGGAAUGGUCCAAGUUUUCGCAUGGUUUUUCGCUGUUGAGGGGACAGUGUUCCCCACGCAUCUGGGCAUCUUGAUGAAUUAUGUGGAAGAGCUGGCGCAGGAACCUUGUGCCAGGACCAGGCUACAGUCUGUGCUCUCUGCAGUGAUUUUCUUCGAGAGGGUCGGAGGAGUCAAGGCCGAGGCCUCCAUCUCUUCGCAUGUCCUGGUGCGGAACUUGGUUCGGGUUCGCACUGCUGAGCUUGAAGCAGGGGCGCCGCCGACAAAACAAGCUCCAGCAUUGGCCCUCAUCAUGGUCAUGUCUUUAGAGGCUGUGGUUGUGAAUUCUGCGCAUAAGAAGUUCGUCAGAGCGUAUGCGUGGGCACGGCUAUUGAAACUAUGGACAUCUAGCAGGGCCAAUGACCUUCAGGGCAUUCUACCGGAGCAGAUGACGAUGUCUUCACAAGGACUACGAGGAGUUUUCGAUAGAACGAAAACCUCGGGAGCUGACAAACGCAUCAGAUGGCUGCCGUUCUUUGUUUGCAAGGAUGCUUGGCUUUUGCAUAGCGAUUGGCUGGCUGCCGGAUAUGAGAUCUGGGCUUCUGAUGGUUUUGCCUUCUCCAGGGAUUAUCUGGUGCCUCGGCCUACAAAGGGACUGACCUCCUGCCUGCCAGUUAUGGCGAGCUAUGUGGAUAUGUCAACGAUGUCCAAGCAGCUCCUGUGGGAGCUAAAGCGGCCCGAGUCCCGAGUUGACCGAGGUCUUGAUGAUUUGUUUCAGGCGCUACAGAGGGCCGGUGUCGAGAGCUCGGUGCGUGACAGGGCUCUUGACCUCUUGCGGCCGUUGGAGGGAAUGAUCAGUUUCUUCAUCACGCGUCUUGAGGGCCUCAUGGAGCCGGAGCCUGCUUCAGAGCCGUCUGCUGAGCUUCACGAGAGGGAAAGCACGGAUGAUACUUUCUUGCUGCUUUCUGACCAUGUGUGGGAGCUAGAGCAGCGGGUGGCAGUUCUGGAGCGGCGACUGAUUGCGGUCGACCCGGGAAAGGGCAAAGGCAAAGCCCUGAAACGUGCACUGGCUGCUGCAGCAGCCGAGGAGGCCCCUGGCAAGAAGGAGAACGUCUCUCAAGGACUCGAUUCUCCUCCACAAUCCGACAUUUCUUUUCUCUAUCUCUUCGCGGGAGAGUCUCGCCGGGCUGACUUGAAAUCAUUCCUGGCGGCUGCCUGCGAGAAGGCCGGGCUGUCAUUCCGCUAUCAAGAAGUUGAUAUCGGGGAAUCGGCUCCGGAUGUUCUUUCAGAUUCUUUUUGGUUGAGAUUGCUCAAUCAAGUUCGACGACAUGAAUUCAAUCUUCUUUUCAUGAGCCCGCCAUAUUCUACAUUCAACCGGGCCACGUUCGUCAAUCGCACAGGACCGCCGCCUCUGCGGAACUCGGACUGGCCGGAAGGUUUUCCCUGGCUAUCCGGUGUAUGGAAAUCCAAGGCAGAAGCUGGAACGAGUUUGGUGCGCCGGGUAUUGUCCUUAGCCACCCUGGCCACCAAGGAGCAUGUACCCUGGUUGAUCGAGCAUCCGGAAUUUUUGGGUGCUACAGCGGCUGGUACCCCGGCUUCGAUCUGGACUUGGGAAGAAGCUGUUCGUGUUUUCCAGGAGACUCGCGCCACUUCGGUGGCCCUUCAUCUUUGUGCCUUCGGCGCCGCUCAGAGGCGGCCGACACGAUUAGCUGGAACCUGGCACGGUCUACGAUCGGUUGGUGUAUCCGGUUGGCCGCGACUCGACCCUCAGCAGCACUAUCGAGGGCCGUUGUCUCGCAAAUGCGGUCAUGCACAUGCCCCUCUCAUCGGCACCGACGAAAAUGGUCAAUUUCUCGCCGGGCCGGCUGCUUACCCUUCGGGCUUCUGUGAGGCGCUGGCCAGUAUUGCGGUUCUCACCUUCAGGCAAAGAGUGUCCUCCGAAUCGGUGUUGGGGGAGGAGCAAGCUCGUUCUUCAGACACUCUUGAGAAUGCGACUUCGACAGCGGUGGUCCAUCAGGCUGAAGCUCUGGCAGGGCGCUUGCAACACUCGGCGGUCUCGAAGGAGUCUUUGCUUCAGAUCUUCGACUUGCUUCCCGGCGAAGAAUUGGCCCGAGAUGGUGUCACUUGGAAGGAUUCGAAAUCUUUUGCUGUCGGGGCUUAUGCCGUGGGCGGUAGCCUUGCCGGCCUUCGUAGGAACUCCAGGUUGUUUCCCGGGGCAAUGAGCGAGGAUCGAGAAAUCUCGUGGCAGGGCUCACGUCCUUUCGGGGCGGGGGCAUCUGGACUCAGGAUGGCGGAGGUCAAGAACCGUGCCCUUCGAAUCCCUCAUUAG